AUGGUUCGUUCAUUCUUGGAGAUUGACAGCAUUCAGCCUAACCAGGCUCUCCUGGACGCCAGCGAUCCCACAGAGCGUCAUUUUGCUGCCACACACAAGCGCUCGACGGACGGGGUGUACGUCGUCGAGUAUCCCUUCAAGGAGAAGGCACCGCCUAUUGAUUCGACCUUGCCACAGGCCAUCAAUCGCUUCUUCUCGCUGAAACGCAAAUUUCGUCGGUAUCCAGAAUUGAAGCAGCAGUACGAAGCUUUCCUGGACGACUACUUGCAACGUGGACAUAUGGAACAACUGCCCUCGGCUCAGGUUGAGGAGUCCCCAGACACCUGCUUCUAUUUGCCGCACCACGCUGUCAUCAAACUGGACAGUCUGACUACCAAAUGUCGUGUAGUUUUUGAUGGAUCAGGAAAGGACAGCUCUGGAGUAUCGCUCAAUGACAGACUACAUAUUGGUCCACCGAUUCAACGCGAUCUUCUUGGCGUUUGUCUGCGCUUCCGGCAGCACCAAUAUGUUUUAUGCACAGAUGUCGAAAAGAUGUUUCGAGGCAUUAAAAUUCAGCGCAUUGUUUGGCCAGCUCACGCUCUUCUGCACGAUGCCUAUGUGGACGAUAUCCCUACAGGCGCCAACACAUUCGAGGAGCUUAUGAUUCUCAAGGACGAGCUUAUAGCCCUCUUGGAUAAGGGAAAAUUCAAGCUACGCAAGUGGAGUUCUAAUAGUUGGCGUCUUCUGAAAUCAUUACCACAGGAAGAUAGAUGUUUUGAACCUAUCCAGCUCCUCAACAAAUCAGCUGCGGAUUCACCUGUCAAAGUUCUUGGUAUCCAAUGGAACCCUGGGAAGGACGUUCUGUAUCUCAACCUAAAGGGAUGCGAUGCGACCAUUUCUCCGACGAAAAGAGAACUCUUGUCUCAGCUAUCAAGAAUUUAUGAUCCGCUUGGACUGGUAGCGCCGGUCACAGUUCUACUCAAGCUAAUCUUCCAAGAAAGCUGGACAAGUGUCCUGCAGUGGGACGACCCCAUUCCUGAAAGUCUACGUACGCGCUGGAGAGCUUUAGUAGAGGAUUUGCUAGCACUUACGCAAUGCCAAGUACCACGGUAUAUUGCGUCACCAUUUCGAGAUGUUCAACUACACGGAUUCGCCGACGCAUCCUCGCACGCCUACGGUGCGGUAGUUUACGCUCGAGUUGCAGUUGGAUGCAGCUUUCAAGUGACUCUGGUUGCCGCCAAAACACGGGUGGCCCCGAUCAAGCCCGUAUCAAUUCCACCUCCCCCUCGACGGUGGAACACCUACGCCUGCAACCGAACUUCUGAGAUAUUGAGCGACUUUCCCCGUAGCUGCUGGAACCAUGUUCGCACGGAAGACAAUCCUGCUGAUUGUGCUUCCCGAGGACUUCAUCCGUCAAAGCUUCUGGAGCAUCGACUGUGGUGGAAAGGUCCGUCCUGGCUGGCCACACCCACCUCUGAGUGGCCACCUUCUACAAGCAAGUUCAGCGUAUCUUCAAGUUUCGAUGUCAACACCGAAGAACGAGCCAUAAAGCCCACGACUCUACAUAACUUUCCUGAUGAAAGUAUACACGAGUUACUCAUCCACAAAUUCUCAGCCUGGACGCGUCUUAUAAGGGUAUCUAGCUACUGUCAUCGCUUUAUUCACACCCUUCGAUCUCAUCAUAGGAAUUCGGCACCAUUCCUUACGUCUGAAGAGUUGCUGGACGCACAGCGCCGACUUAUUCGACAUGUGCAACAAAAAUCCUUUGCCAGAGAACAUGCGCGAAUCGACGCCAGCAUAACGCUGGUUCGACAUUUUCAUGUCUCCUAUCUGCACACUGGAGUUGAUGCAACGUUCACCAAUCUUCGUCAGCAGUACUGGAUUCUGGAAGCCCGCAAUCUCGUCAGAAAGGCAGUCUUCCAAUGCAAAUCCUGUUUUCUUCAACGAAAGGGCACAAACAACCAGAUCAUGGGAGAGCUACCAAUUCCUCGAGUUCAAGCUAGCCGCUGCUUUCAACACACAGGGCUGGACUACGCUGGACCGAUCGCAAUCAAGGAAUCAAAAGGAAGAACUGCACGCAUCGGAAAGGCAUGGUUUUCUAUUUUCUUGUGCCUCACUACAAAGGCACUUCACAUCGAGGUUGUUAGUGAGCUAACUACACAGGCUUUCAUCGCAGCCUUUCAACGAUUCAUUGCCCGCCGAGCAAAGACCUGUACAAAGACCCUACAUUUCAUGGAGGCAAGCAAACUUUGGAUGACAUGA